GUGGGGUGCACGGCACAGUAGAGCAACAAGUCGGCAAUCGUGUGCGGUAAUAAAAUAUCUCUAUCGCUCCCAUAGCCUGAGAUGCUUGCUGUUGUCCGCUGCCGCGCUGCGUGUGUAAUUCCAUAGACGUUCUUCGCAAACCGAGACACCCUGUCGCCCGGGUCAACCUAGGAUAAAUGUGUGGCCAUGUCUACUCCGGUCUCAUGUUACCCAUGCACAUUUGGCACGUCGGGAAUCAUCACCCUUUUUCCGCUUUUGCAUACAUUUUUCCAUCGAUCGACUCAUCGCGUUCCACUCUCUCUGUGUUUGGAAUUCUUCCACCUGGUACUGCUUCACGUCGUCGGCUUCGAGUUCAAUCCAUUGUCACGCACCAGUGUCGCGAAAAUAGUGCUGCCAAGGGCCGGCAAAUGUUUACCUGGGUGCUGGGUUCUGGGGGCUGGGAGCCGGAGCACUGACUCCUGACUAGUUCUAUCGGUCUCGCCGCAGUUCUCUCAACCCUUUCGCGCUACGCUCCGCAGACCCUGCAGCACUACUAGCGCCCUCACCGAUCUGCUAAAGUUUGGUGCAUCAGCCAAACUGUCACGUCGAAAAAGGGAGUACGUUUCUUUUCAAACACUCCAGUUUCACACGCCAAGACGUCCGUCCUUCACCGACUGCACUCGA